GUUGCGGUCUGUUUACCUUGUGUGUCAUCCAUUCAGUGUGACACCCAUCUACCUUUUUUAAAUGUGAUUAAACGAACAUUAAGGAGAUUAAUUCGCUCACCGACCGAUCGACAUUAGCACCGAUCAUGUCCGGUCACAUCAUUUCAGCGUGGCAGUGAACGCAUCACCAUGUCGCAUUCAGGAUACAUGGAGGACAGCGCCACAGAGAAGGAUCGGCUCCUCUCUGCUGAUCAAGGUUACAGCUCCGGUGAUGUUCAGGUGAAGCCUCGUCCCACCGUCUUGGUGAAUCAGGACAUGGAGGCGAUGGAGGAGGAGGCGCUGAGGAGGAAGCUGAAAUAUUUCUUCAUGAGCCCUUGUGACAAAUAUCACGCCAAGGGACGCAAACCUUUCAAACUGGGCCUGCAGCUGCUCAAAAUCAUCAUCGUGACCGUGCAGUUGGUGCUGUUCGGUCUGAGUAACCAGAUGGUGGUGACGUUCAAAGAGGAGAACACGGCUGCUUUCAAACAUCUUUUCCUUAAAGGUUUCCAGGACAACCUUCCUCAGGCCGUGCACACGCAGAAGGACAUCUACAGCCACAUCCACUUCGCCAUCGAGCAGUACCUGGCUCUCCCUCAGAUCUCUCUGGGUCGUUACGCCUAUGUUUUGGGCGCCAGUGCAAACAACAGCGCUCUCUCCCUCUGCCAGAGGUACUUCAGGAAGGGAACCAUCGACCCCGUCAACGACACCUUCGAUAUCGACCCCCACGUCAUGACCGAAUGUUUUGGAAUAAACCCGCUUAACGACAGCUCUGCUGCAGGAAUCCAUGACUACAAGAACUUCACCCUCAAGUUCUACAAGCUGAUCAAUGUGACGAUCGACUUCCAGCUGAAAGCGAUCAACAUCCAGACCAUCAUAAACAACGAGAUCCCCGACUGCUACACCUUCGCUAUCACGAUCCUCAUGGACAACAGAGCUCACAGCGGCAAAGUGAAGAUCAGUCUGAUGAACAAGGCGACCAUAAAGGAGUGUAGAGACCCCAACGUGAAAGGACACGCGGAGAAUUACGCCCGGGAGUUUUUUGACGUGGUGGUGGCGAUCGUGUGUCUGCUGUCCCUGCUGCUGUGCGGUCGCUCCAUCGUCAGAGGCGUCGUGCUGCAGAACGAGUACGUGCAGUUUUUCAAACACAGAUUGGAGCGCGGUGUGAGCUGGGGGGAGCGCAUGGAGUUCAUCAACGGCUGGUACAUCCUGCUCAUCGUCAGCGACAUGUUCACCAUCAUCGGCAGCUUCAUCAAAAUCGGCAUCGAGUCCAAGAAUAUAUCAUCAUACGACAUCUGUGGCAUCCUGCUGGGGACCUCCACCCUGCUGGUGUGGGUGGGGGUCAUCCGCUACCUCAGCUUCUUCCAGAAAUACAACAUCCUCAUCGUGACCCUCAGAGCUGCUUUUCCCAACGUCAUCCGCUUCUCUCUCUGUGCAGCUGCUAUUUAUUUGGGAUAUUGCUUCUGUGGAUGGAUCGUGCUGGGGCCGUAUCAUACAAAGUUCCGCUCCCUCUCCAUGGUGUCCGAGUGUCUGUUCUCUCUGAUCAACGGAGACGACAUGUUUGUGACGUUCUCUGAGAUGGAGCACAGCGGCACGAUGGUGUUUAUCUUCAGCCAGGUGUACCUCUACAGCUUCAGCUCCCUCUUCAUCUACAUGGUGCUGUCCCUCUUCAUCGCGCUCAUCACUGGAGCCUACGACACCAUCAUGGCGCAGUCACAGGAGCAGGUGUGUGUCAGCGACCUGCACACCUUCAUCGCAGAGUGUAAGGACACGCCCAGCUCUGGAAAGUUCCGCGGGCCCGAUGGUUCGUCGUGCUCCUUCUUCUUCUGCUGCUGUGACGGAAGAGGAAGAGGAGGA